AUGGCAGAAAAGAACGACCACUACAAGUACGACCCAUCGGUUGCAGCUGCGGUUAUUUUCGUAGUAGGCUUCACGAUCUCGGGAUUAUACCAUGCCUUUCAAAUCUUCAAGUUGAAGUCAUACUACUUCAUUCCGUUCUUCAUCGGUUGUGUUGUUGAAAUAAUUGGAUAUGGCGCAAGAGCAGUCAACGCAACUGAACCCUCCGGGGAAUGGACCCAGGGUCCGUAUAUCAUCCAGGCUCUCCUGCUGCUUCUCGGACCUCCAUUCUACGCUGUAUCCAUUUACAUGAUUCUUGGACGGCUCAUGAGACUUUUGGGAGCGGAACAUUAUUCCAUCAUCAGGACAAAGUGGUUAACAAAGUUUUUCCUACUUGGCGAUGUCGCUUCAAUCCUUGGCCAGGGAAUGGGUGGUGGUAUGCUCGCAGGUGCCGACAGCAAAGCGUCCCGAGACAGAGGGCAGAUGAUCAUUAUUAUUGGUCUUGCGAUUCAAAUCAUCUUCUUUGGACUUUUCAUGGUAGUCACCAUUAUCUUCCAUCGUCGCAUCUACCGCGAGCCUACAAAUGCAAGCCUGAAGAUGGUGUCCCCAUGGAACAAGCUUCUCGUGGUGCUGUAUGGGACAAGUGGACUAAUCAUGAUCCGGUCACUCUUUCGAGUUAUCGAGUACGUCAUGGGCGAGGACGGAGUGCUUAUGUCCAAGGAAGUCUUUAUCUACUUGUUCGACGCGACUUUGAUGCUUGUUGUUUCCAUCGCUUUCAACGUUUUUCAUCCUUCUCGCAUCAUCAAAAACGAAAAGAGACAACCUAUCAGAAGCUCGGACUCGGAGAACCAGUUUGAAACCUAUGCUCUGGAUAGGCCAAGUACCGGGGGGCACCGUUAA